AAAGUGCUAGAAGGAAAACCGCGUUGGUGGCGCGUCGCUCGGUUGGGUCGGUCGGUUCGAGGCGAGCGAGGACGAGAGCAAGAUGAAGAUCGAAGAGGUGAAGAGCACCACCAAGACGCAACGGAUAGCCAGCCACAGCCACGUGAAGGGUCUGGGCCUCGACGACACCGGCGUGGCCAAAGCGGCGGCGGCUGGCCUGGUGGGGCAGGAGAACGCCAGAGAGGCAUGUGGAAUUAUAGUGGAGCUGAUUAGAAGUAAGAAAAUGGCUGGCAGAGCUAUUUUAUUGGCUGGACCUCCAGGAACUGGCAAGACAGCUUUGGCUCUAGCCAUUGCACAGGAGCUGGGGAGUAAAGUCCCUUUCUGUCCCAUGGUGGGGAGUGAAGUGUACUCCACUGAAAUCAAGAAAACAGAAGUGUUGAUGGAAAACUUCAGACGAGCCAUUGGACUCCGCAUAAAAGAGACGAAAGAGGUUUACGAAGGCGAGGUCACGGAACUAACUCCUUGUGAGACAGAGAAUCCUAUGGGUGGCUAUGGGAAAACAGUCAGCCACGUUAUCAUAGGUCUAAAGACAGCAAAAGGCACUAAACAGCUGAAGCUUGACCCAAGUAUCUACGAGAGUCUUCAGAAGGAACGUGUUGAAGUUGGAGACGUGAUUUACAUUGAAGCAAACAGUGGGGCAGUUAAGAGGCAAGGCAGGUGUGAUACAUACGCCACGGAAUUUGACCUUGAAGCCGAGGAGUAUGUUCCCCUGCCAAAGGGCGAUGUGCACAAGAAGAAAGAGAUCAUACAGGACGUUACAUUGCACGAUCUCGAUGUAGCGAACGCAAGGCCACAGGGAGGGCAAGAUAUACUAUCCAUGAUGGGGCAGCUAAUGAAACCAAAGAAGACUGAAAUCACAGAUAAACUGAGAGGCGAAAUUAACAAGGUCGUUAAUAAGUACAUUGAUCAAGGCAUUGCUGAACUGGUUCCAGGGGUGCUUUUCAUCGAUGAAGUUCCUAUGCUUGACAUUGAGUGUUUCACUUACCUACACCGAGCCCUGGAAUCCACCAUUGCACCAAUCGUCAUUUUUGCCACAAACCGAGGAAACUGUGUUAUUCGGGGUACAGAGGAUAUCGUGUCACCUCAUGGAAUUCCACUUGAUCUCCUGGACAGAGUCAUGAUUAUCCGCACAAUGAUGUACACUCCAGAAGAGAUGAUGCAGAUAAUCAAGAUCCGAGCGCAGACAGAAGGAAUCAGCAUCAGUGACGAGGCCUUGCAUCACCUGGGUGAAAUCGGCACGAAGACAACUCUGCGGUACGCUGUGCAACUACUGACACCUGCCAACCUACUGGCACGCAUCAAUGGGAAGGACAGCAUUGAGAAGGAACACAUGGAGGAGAUCAAUGAACUCUUCUACGAUGCCAAGUCAUCUGCGAAGAUCCUCGCCGAGCAUGGGGAGAAGUACAUGAAAUGAGCGUUAGUGCUGCAGAGGCAGACGGUGGGCACAGUGGACAGUGCUGCCGAGAUUUUCCCCGUAGAUUUCAUCUAUUGUUUGUGUAAGAUUUUUCCUAAAGUAUAAAAAUUUCUUUGUUUAUUAAAUAAAAGCUUUU